AUGAUUGUCCUUCGCGCGCUACUGACGGUGACAGCCCUCUCACUGGUCGCGGCCCAAGAUGACAAGCCGAAGGGCCCGAAGGUCACCGACAAGGUUUGGUUCGACAUCGAAGUUGGCGGAAAGCCGCUCGGCCGCGUGACGAUCGGGCUAUUCGGCAAGACAGUGCCCAAGACCGUGCAAAACUUUGUUGAAUUGGCGCAGAAGCCGAAGGGCGAGGGAUACGUGGGCAGCAAAUUCCACCGUGUCAUCGCCGACUUUAUGAUCCAGGGCGGAGAUUUCACGCGGGGUGACGGCACAGGCGGACGAUCCAUCUACGGAGAAAAGUUUGCCGAUGAGAACUUCAAGCUGAAGCACUAUGGCGCCGGAUGGUUGAGCAUGGCCAACGCUGGUAGCGCAUUUUCGGCUAAGACUCCGUGGUUGGACGGACGCCACGUUGUUUUCGGCAAGGUCCUCGAAGGCAUGGACGUCAUUAGGAAGGUGGAGCAGACGCCCAAGGCUGCUGGCGACAAGCCGAAGGAAGAUGUGGUGAUUGUGGCGGCGGGACAUGAGGCGAUCGCUCAACCGUUCUCCGUCGAGAAGACUGACGCC